UCCCCAUUGCCCCCAUCCCAGGAGAGGGGGCCACCCCCCCCAGCAGCACAGAGCCAGACAGCCCCUCUGGCACCAGACUCUCCGUUGCCCCCACCCCAGGAGAGGGGGCCAUCCCCCCAAGCCCAGAGGAAGAGACUUGUGCUGACUGCCCUGGGCUGGGGGCCCUCACAGCUGCCCUGGCAGAGGCUGCUGUCCCCACUGGCGCAGAGGAACAGGUUGCCCCCGAAUCCCUGGAGAGGACGGAGGCUGUUGGUGCUGGUGCAGUCCCAUUUGUGGAGAGUGCUUUGCCCCUCACAGGGGGUGCAAGAACCAGCUGCCCCGUGGAAUCCCUGCCCCCCACCUCGGCCCCUGUGGGGCAAGAUGUAGACUGGGAGCUUUUGCGCUCAGGCAUCUUCCAGCUGACAGGCGGAGUAGACCGGAUGGGAAGGGCCUUGCUGACUGUCACCCCCCAGCCCCCAGGGGAGCCGGCCCCAGCCCAGGGGGAACUGAGCCAGGCCCUGCGGUACCUGCAUUCACUGCUCAGGAAGGAGCAGCAGGAGCUGGGGCUGACGGUGCUGCUGGAUCUGCGGCAAGGGGGGGCUCUGCCCCCCCACCCCCCUGCACUGCUGCCAGCCCUGCAGGAGCUGCAGGAGGCUUCACCAGCUCCUGUUAGCCGCCUGCUGGUGCUGGCCCCACCGGAGGGCGAGGAGCUGCCCCUCAUUCAGGAGGCACUCGUGCUCUCCCCAGGCGACCUGCCCCAGUUUGUGGACCCGGAGCAGCUGCAAACGACUCUGGGCGGGACCCUGCAGCACUCGCAGACCCAGUGGGUAAAGAUGUGCCAGGCGCUGGAGCGGCUCUGCGGGCUCUGCCAGGGUGUGAUCCAGUCGGUGCAAGUGGCCAGUGCUGAGUUGGAGGCAUUGGAAUUGGCCGAGAGUGACGAGGCGCUUUCUGUGCAGAUCUCUGGGCACAAGGAUGCCAUGCAGAAGCUGCUGUCAGACCCAUGGCUGCUGGAGUUGCAGAGCACCGGGGGGGCCCUGCUGGCUCGACUUCCCCCACCAGGAACCUGCAGUGCCCAGGCCGCGAGGGCUGCCAGCUUGUAUCAGGAGGUGGACGAUGCCAUUCAUAGGCUGGUGCAGCUCAGCAAUCGGCGCCUGGGGCAGCUGGAGCAGGAGAGGGGCUGCCGGCAGCUGACACAGGCUGUGGGCUGGCUGGCUGACCAUGGGGAGCAGGCGCUGGCAGGUUUCACCCCCAUGGAGGUGGGGGAUUCGGUGUUGGUCGUGGAGGAGAUGCUGAUGAAGUUUGAUGCUUUUCACACCCUCGCCAAGGAAUGGCUGGCCCGGGGGCACGAGGCUCUGCAUCUGGCUGGUGACAGGGACCUGGCAGCUGAGGGGCAGCAGCUGGAGAGCUUUGAGCGCCGGCUGGAGAGCUGUGCGCACACCAUGCACAAUGCCCUGCGGCUGCACCGCUUCCUGCAGCAGGCUCAGGACUGGGCCCUGGAGGGCGUCCGGCGCCUGUCGGCCAUUGAGGACAGCGCAGGGCCAGAGAUGGUGCUGGGGACGCUGGGCCGGUACUGCCAGCAGCAUGGCGAGAUCUCGGACAGCGCCUUCCAGGAGAUGCAUGGGCUGGCAGUGCAGAGUCCCUGGGCACUGCGGGAGUUGGGGCGCUGCCGGGCCCGCUGCCAGGAGCUGGGGCGCCUCCUGCAGCGGCGGCUGGAAGUGGCAUUGCAGUCUGGACCCCAGCCCCGGCGCCGGGCUGACAGCACCAGCGCCUCCUGCUCACCGCAGCGCCCCAUGAGGGGCCUGGGCACCGGCCUGGGCUCCUCCCGCAGCCUGAGCUGCUUGCUGCCUCCACCGGGCAGCCUCUCCCCUGGCCUAUGUGAGGUGCCCUCUUGCCACUCACUAGCAUCCUCCAGGGGCCCCAUGGAGAACAGUGAUGAAGAACGAAGCCCCCCUCCCACCAGCUCCUCCACCGCUGCCUUCUUUCAGGCACCCACGCUGCCUCUGGGCACACUGCCCCCCUGCCAGCAUCCUGCAAAGGGUCCCCCCAGCACGCAGAGGGCACUGAGCGAGCCCGGCCCUCCCCGCCCCAGCGUCCUCAUUCGUGGACUGGAAGUGAGCAGCCAGGAGGUAGUGGACCGGACCUGCUCGCCCCGGGAGCACGUGAUGCUGGUUCGCAGCAGCGCCCAGAGAGCCGAAGCGCCGUGGGGGGGCACGCCCAGCACUGAGCGGAAACACCGCCUGGGCGCCCAGCAGCGGCUGGUGGCAGAGCUGAUUGCGUCGGAGCAGGAGUAUCUAGGCUGCCUGGCUGAGUUGCUGCCCCAGGAGUCGGGGUGCCAGGAGCUACCCCCCGAGCUGAAACGCGAGUGCGGUGCCUUGGAGGGCACCCGUGACCGGCUGCUGGGCUUCCACCGGACCUACUUCCUGAAGGAGCUGCAGGGCUGCGCCAGCCAUCCUCUCCGUGCAGGGGGCUGCUUCCUGCGAUAUGCGGACCAGUUCAGUCUCUAUGCCCUCUACGUGAAGAACCGGCAGAAGCUCGAUGCAGCACUGGCCUCUCAGCAAGCUGCCCACAAGACAGUACACAGCAGCCUAGAAGGUCCCUGGGAGGACACAGCGCUGGCAAGUGCCCUGCAGAGGCCCCUGGAGCAGCUGGAACGCUAUGGGCGCUUUCUGGAGGAGCUGCUGCAGGAGACGGACCAGGAGCAGGCGUCAGAGCGCGAGGCCUUGCGGGCAGCGCAGCAGCUGCUGGAGUCCCAGGUGCAGCAUGGCAGGAACCUGCUGGCCAUGGAGCAGAUCCGGGGCUGUGAGCUGGAGUUGAAGGCGCAGGGGCAGCUGUUGCACCGGGACGAGUUCACUGUGCUGCGUGGGCGCCGCAAGUGCCAUCGGCAUGUCUUCCUCUUCGAGCAGCUGCUGCUCUUCAGCAAGCGCAAGGGUACCGAGGGUGGCUUGGACGUCUAUGUCUACAAGCAGGCCUACAAGACAGCAGAUAUGGGGCUGACGGAGAACAUCGGGGAGAGCGGGCUGCGAUUUGAGCUCUGGUUCCGGCGUCGCAAGCUCCGUGAGGCCUACACGCUGCAGGCCUCCUCACCCGAGGUGAAGCACAAGUGGACCAGUGCCGUGGCCCAGCUGCUGUGGAGGCAGGCCACGCUCAGCAAGGAACUGCGCACACAGGAGAUGGUCUCCAUGGGCAUCGGGGACAAGCCCUUUGUCAGUGUCCAGGGCCCCAGCCAGGCCCUGCUGAGCAACCUGCUCACAGGCAGAGCUACCCGCACCCGUGCCUCGGUGGCCCUCUCUUCCUUCAGCCCCUGGGUCGGGGCUCCAUGCUCCCCGCCAGCUGCCACGUCAUCCCCCCGCCCUGGCCCUGCCCCCCUGGGCCUGUUCUGCGAUGCCAGCCCUGUGCCCCCUACGGCAGGGCGCUCCCCUGGGGCCUGCUCGCUGCCAGGGCACCUGGAGGAGGAGGAGUGGGAGCUGGACGUCAAGCACAUCCCCCGCGCGUCCGAGACAGCCGCUGGCUCAGGAGCCGCUCUGGCUCUGGGGGAGCCGUCCCCCAGGGGGGCAGAGUCGCCAGGGGGCACUGCCCCAGUGCAACGCCGGCCAAGCUGGGUCUGGAGCCUGCACAGGAAGCUGUUUGCCUCGCAUGGCCGCGUGGGGCAGGAUCGGAGCCCUGGGGCCGCCAGGAAUAGGACAGUCUGAGCCCCUGGCAGACUCCUGGCACCGCACCGCACAGGCUUAUCCCCACGGAUCCUCCCCUUCCCACCCACUGCAUGGAGCCACCAGACGACCUCCAGCCACUGCCCCAUGGGUCCUCCCCUCACCCUUUAUGGGACUACUAGGGCCCUGUAGCUACCAUGUGGGCUGGGGGAUGGGUAUCAGUGGAGGGCGCAGCGCCCCAUGGCCUGGGAGGGGAAGGACAGUGAUGAUGUGGGCAGGAAACCCAUCUGGCCUGGGCGUCAGAGCACUGGGGCUGGCUUGCACCCUGGGUCUGGCCUGGGACUGCCCCAGCACCUGAAUGGCAUGAGGACCCCACUCUCAUAGACUCCGAGUGUGCCCACCUCUGGCCCUGCACACUCACCGAGCCCUACGCGCACGUGCAGAGCAGAGCCCCCAUGAGGAUUGGCACAUACGUGCAUACUGAUCCUUGUCUCACCCAGCUGUGCCUCCACGUGCAACGACCCCUUCACGUGCACACGCCCACGCACACACAGAUCCCUGUCUCACCCAGCCCUGCCUCCACGUGCAACGACCCCUUGACGUGCACACGCACACACUGAUCCUUGUCUCACCCAGCUGUGCCUCCACAUGCAACGACCCCUUCACGUGCACACGCCCACGCACACACAGAUCCCUGUCUCACCCAGCCCUGCUUCCACGUGCAACGACCCCUUGACGUGCACACGCACACACUGAUCCUUGUCUCACCCAGCUGUGCCUCCACAUGCAACGACCCCUUCACGUGCAAACGCCCACGCACACACAGAUCCCUGUCUCA